UGCAGUAAUCUAUGGCAUAGAUGUUACACGUCAGUAACCAAUUCAAGUCAAAAUACGUCAAAAACAAGGCAAGCCGAAAAGCAAGAAAAAGCCGGAAAAUUUUAAUAAUUUCAGAAUCACAAAACGUUUAGAAGUAUACAAUGACGUCUCUUGCUUCUGUUAUUCCAAAACUCUACCAAGAAUACACAACUAAGACUCCAAAGAAACUAAAAAUCAUUGAUGCGUAUUUACUCUAUAUAUUUUUAACUGCGGUUAUACAGUUUGCUUAUUGUUGCCUUGUCGGCACAUUUCCAUUUAAUUCCUUCCUUAGUGGAUUUAUUUCUACAGUAAGCUGUUUCGUACUCGGAGUUUGCUUGAGAUUGCAAGUGAACCCAGAGAAUAAGAAUGAGUUCCAGGGACUGAGCGCCGAACGAGGCUUCGCGGAUUUCAUAUUUGCACAUCUUGUAUUGCAUAUUGUCGUCAUAAACUUUAUUGGUUAAGUCUUUCACUUAUUUCAAUUAAUAUAUAAAUAUUACAUAUA